GCCGGAGCCGGAGCCGGAGCCGAAGCAGCCAAGAUCAGAAGAUACUGAUGGAUGUGUGUGAGAGCCCUGAUCGAGAUCCUGGAUCUCCAGAGGAAGAACAGCAAGAGCUCUCAGAUGAUGACAUUCUGAAAGAAAGUGGGUCUGAUCGGGAGUUGGACGGAGAGGGUGGGAGGGGCACUGAUUUGGAGGAAGAGGAGGAAGAUGCAGCAAGGGCACUGAGUCAGGGUGAAGAAGAGAAUCAUUCAGAUGAGGAGGACCGAUUAAGUGAGACAAAGUCUCAGGACUCUGAUAAUAAUGAGCAGAGCAAAGAUCUUAAGAACUCCCCAUGUCAGGAAGAGGAGGACGAGGAGGAGGAGGAGGAGGAGGAGGAGGAGGAGGAGGAAGAAGAAGACAGGACAAAUGAUCUUAGAGAUGAAGCCUCUUCAGUCACUAGAGAACUGGAUGAGCAUGAAUUAGAUUAUGAUGAGGAGGUUCCUGAGGAACCAACAACUACUGCUCAAGAGGAGGAAACUGAGAAGGCUGGUGGAGAAGAUGAGGAUGAGAAAGGAGAAGGUACUCCAGAGGAAGAAGAGAAAUCCAGUGGUAAAAAUGGGGAGGAAAAAGAGCACCUGGAAUCUCUUAAGGAGAAAAAAAAAGAGGAAGAUGAUGGAGAAAUCGAUGAUGGAGAGAUUGAUGAUGAUGAUCUGGAAGAAGGAGAAGUGAAGGAUCCUAGUGAUAGGAAGGUGAGGCCUCGUCCCACCUGCCGAUUCUUCAUGAAAGGUGGGUUCCCCCUUUCAACAGGAUGCAACAGAAACAUUCUCGGCAUGGAUUUCCAAGCGGAGCAGCCCUCAGAAAGAAACGGUCACUGUACAUGGGGAAUGAAUUGUAGAUUUAUCCAUCCUGGAGUGAAUGACAAAGGAAACUAUUCUUUGAUCACAAAACCAGACCCUUUUCCACCCAAUGGUGCACCACCUGUUGGACCUCAUCCAUUGAUGCCUGCCAAUCCUUGGGGUGGACCAGUUGUUGAUGAAAUUCUGCCUCCACCACCUCCAGAACCCCCAACAGAGAGUGCCUGGGAGAGAGGACUCCGGCAUGCAAAGGAGGUAUUAAAAAAGGCAACCAUUCGAAAAGAGCAGGAACCUGAUUUUGAAGAAAAAAGGUUUACAGUGACCAUUGGAGAAGAUGAACGGGAAUUUGACAAAGAAAAUGAAUUUUUCAGAGAAUGGAAUUAUCGGAUUACUAGAGAUGUCAGAGAUACAGCACUUGAACCUUAUUCCGAUCCUUAUUAUGAUUAUGAGAUAGAACGGUUUUGGCGUGGUGGGCAGUAUGAGAACUUCAGAGUGCAAUACACAGAAACUGAACCAUAUCAUAAUUACCGAGAGAGGGAAAGGGAGCGAGAGAGAGAAAAUAGACAGAGAGAACGGGAACGGGAACGUGAGAGAGACCGAGAAAGGGAACGGCGGCAAAGGGAGAGAGAGCGAGAAAGAGAAAGAGAACGGGACAAAGAACGUCAACGAAGGAAAGAGGAGUGGGAACGAGAACGAGCCAAGAGAGAUGAAAAAGACAGGCAGCACAGAGACCGGGACAGAGAAAAAGAGCGAGAAAAAGAAAAGGAAAAACCAAAACCUAGAUCCCCUCAACCACCAAGCCGUCAGCCUGAACCACCAAAGAAGGAAACCACAUCAGCUGGCCCACAAGUUAAAAGAGCAGAUGAAUGGAAGGAUCCUUGGCGGCGAUCUAAGUCCCCUAAGAAGAAACUUGGUGUGUCCGUUUCUCCAAGCCGUGCACGGAGGCGUCGAAAAACGUCUGCCUCAUCAGCAUCUGCAUCCAAUUCCUCUAGGUCAUCAUCUCGUUCAUCAUCAUACUCUGGUUCUGGCUCCUCACGAUCCCGGUCCAGGUCCUCAUCCUACAGCUCCUAUUCUAGUCGGUCUUCUAGACACAGCUCAUUCUCAGGCAGCAGAUCCAGGUCUCGGUCUUUUUCAUCUUCCCCUUCUCCAUCACCAACACCAUCCCCACAUAAACCUUCUAUAAAAACUAAAGGAGAGCCUGCCCCACCUGCUGGAAAAGGAGAGAAGUCUCUGAAAAAGCCAGCUCCACCUCCAGCCCCUCCACAGUCCACCAAAACCAUUACACCUGCACCAGAGCCAACCAAGCCAGGGGAUAACAGAGAAGCAAGAAGGAAGGACCGCCAAACAAGAACCCCACCCAGAAGGCGGACCAUCAGCGGCAGCAUCAGCGGCAGUGCCAGUAGCUAUAGCGGAUCUAGUUCCCGAUCCAGGUCAUUGUCAAGAUCUCUCUCUAGGUCCCAUUCCCGAUCAACUUCUGCCUCUAUUUCUCCCUCCCCAUCAGGGUCCAGGAAGUCCCGGUCCCUGAGUGUGAGCAGCGUCUCCUCUGUCUCCAGCGCCACCUCGAGUAGCAGUUCUGUUCGAAGUGCUGAUUCAGAAGACAUGUAUGCUGAUCUGGCCAGUCCUGUUUCCUCUGCCAGUUCCCGGUCUCCCACCCCUGCCCAGCCGAAGAAAGAGAAAGGAAAAUCAAAAAAAGAAGAUAGUGUUAAAGAAGAGAAGAGGAAAAGGGAGGCACCCACACAGCCUCCCAAAUCCACAAAACCUACAGCCAGUAGUAAAUCAUCUCAGCAGCCGCCACCACCCCAACAAGUGCUCCCACCACAACCUCAGCAAGGAGGGUUCAGUGCUCACAAAGAGAUCAAACUGACAUUAUUAAAUAAGGCAACUGAUAAAGGAAGCAGGAAGAGAUAUGAACCAUCAGACAAAGAUAGACAAACUUCUCCUCCAGCAAAACGAGCUAACCUUUCUCCUGAUAGAGGUUCUCGUGAUAGGAAACCAGGUGGGAGAAUCUCUUCUCCCAAACAGGAACGCCAGAGAGGACAGAACCCCAAACCGCCUUUGACUCAACCAGAUAGGAAACGCCAGUUAUCGCCACAGUCCAAGAGUUCGAGCAAAGUCACCAGCGUGCCCGGCAAAGCCUCCGAUGGGGGCCCAGCUGCAGCUGGCGCCAAGUCCGGGAAGUCGAGCACGUUGUCGAGACGGGAAGAGCUCUUGAAGCAGCUAAAAGCCGUGGAAGACGCCAUUGCUCGGAAGCGGGCCAAAAUCCCGGGGAAAGUAUAGCUCCUGGACCAGCCCGAAUAGACUCUUACGUGUUUUUAUAAAUAGUGUAAGCGCAGCCAUUUUGGAUUGUGCAGUUAAUGUCUUAUUUUGGCUGCGGUUCUUUUUUAAAAUUAAAAAUAAAAAGGAAAAAAAAAGUUUCUCAGCUGGAAAAGAAGCCGCCCAUAUAAUGAAGAUGACUCUGAUUCCCAGCUGCUUCCCAGCGAGAUUGAGGAUCAGUCCCUUUCUUCCCAGAGCAGAAUCCCCUGAGGCAGACCAAGCCAGCGCCAAGGCAGGCAGAGGCACACGCAGCAACAUUUUCAAUGUAAAUUAUAAAUCCUGGACUCCUAAUCCAGCCCCAUUGGAUACUUUGUCUCUCCCGCCUCCCCCAAGCCCCCCUUUUCUUUUCUCCUUCUCCCCUCACCCCUCCUUGCUAGCCACGAGUCGUAUUCUAGUUAGCCUUGCUGUGUGUUGUGUCUUCAGCAAUGCCAUUCUAUUUCCUGUGUAACAAGAAAACCGAAUACUUCUGUGAACUACUGGCAACAUCUUCCCCUCCCUUGCCCCAUCCCCAGGAUCAAAAAUAUAUAUAUAGAUAUAGAUAUAUAUAUAUUCUUGACUAAAGUCUGAUUGGGAAAUAUUUCCUGUCUUUUAUUUUAAGCAUCAGAUUGUUUUAGUUGAUUAAAAAAAAAGAAAAAAAGAAAAAAAGCAAGGGUAUUGUUGGGGCAUCUGUCUAAUGAGGAGGGUCUUUUUUUUGAGGGGGUCUCCUAAAAUAAAAUAUUUUGAUAAACAGUU